CCCCGUUUGUGUGACCCCCCCCCCUUUAUUUAUUCAGCUAAAGAACCGCUCAUAACACUGAUCUCAUUUGUACGCGGUGGGGGACGCGAUGUUGGGGACGCUGGUCUGGAUGUUCGUGGCCGGCUUCCUGCUGGCGCUGGCGCCGGGCCGGGCCGCGGGCGCGCCGAGGGCGGGCAGGCGCCCGACGCGGCCGCGAGGCUGCGCGGACCGGCCUGAGGAGCUCCUGGAGCAGCUGUACGGGCGCCUGGCGGCCGGCGUGCUCAGCGCCUUCCACCACACGCUGCAGCUGGGGCCGCGCGAGCAGGCGCGCAACGCGAGCUGCCCGGCAGGGGGCAGGCCCGCCGACCGCCGCUUCCAGACGCCCACCAACCUGCGUAGCGUGUCGCCCUGGGCAUACAGGAUCUCCUACGACCCCGCGCGGUUUCCCAGGUACCUGCCCGAGGCCUACUGCCUGUGCCGGGGCUGCCUGAUGGGGCUCUUCGGGGAGGAGGACUUCCGCUUCCGCAGCACGCCGGUGUUCGUGCCGGCCGUGGUCCUGCGCCGCACCCCGGCCUGCGCGGGAGGCCGCGCCGUCUACGCGGAGGACUACGUCACCAUCCCGGUGGGUUGCACCUGUGUCCCCGAACCCGACAAGGAGGCGGGCAGCAUCAACUCCAGCAUGGACAAACAGGCCGCCAAGCUCUCGCUGGGCCCCAGCGACAAGCCCGCCAGCCCCUAG